AUGCCUGAGGCUAUCAGAACUGGCUUGGACUCGUUGCCUGAUGAACUAAAGGCUCAAAUAUUGAAUCAUCUGACUAAUCCACCACCAUCGUGGAGUUGGCAGAAGACUGCGCUCGAUACUUCUAUAACCAGCUCAUGUACCCUACAAGACACUCCACUGAAAAGUCUGGUACUUGUGUCAAGAGCCUGGUAUUCACUUGUCUCGCCAUUGUUAUACUCACACCUACAACUUCGGCUUGAAAGUCCUACAGCCCAAACCGAAUCAGCCUUGCUCUCGGCCAAGAUCAAGAAAAUAACCACAAACUUUAGAGAAUGGUUGUUCCGUGACGCUGGAUAUCCACACGACAUCCGCUUGCCGUAUAGACAUGUUUGGCAGAGCACGGCGACAGAAAAGGCUGCAGAAUGGACAGCUACAGUGGAUCAUUCACUAGCAAGACUAUUCUCAUUCCUCGAGUCACCAGACAAUGGCAGUUUUUGCGAUAGCGUACAGUCAUUGACGCUUGUCGCUACUGGUGAGCUAAACGACAACAAUCUUGACUAUAUUCGAGACGAGGUACAUUGCUUGAUUGCAACAGAUGCAUUUUGGAAUCUGCUAUUCGAAAAGAUCGAUCCUGCGCGGAUCACGGUACUAGCGCCUCCUAGUAAGCUUGCCUGUCUGCUUGGAUGUAGCAUGAACAUGAGGGAUGCAUGGGCUUUCCCCGGCAUGGCUAUGCAGCUCGUCUCGGUUUGGAGAGAGUCCAGGCCAUUAGAAGUCGUCGACAAUGGUUCCCCACCAUCAGAAAGCGACUACGAUAUGAUGCAACCUGUGGAGCUUGUUAUGGACCCGGAUGAGUACGGCAGACCAGCCUUCUCAAGCAUCAUCUACAUCAAGCCCUGGACACACCUUGCUGUGAACGAAGGUUCUUUCCUUGAAGCCUACUCAACCUACGAAUAUUUCCACAAGAAUCCGCCAGGUAUACUAGCAGCAGUUGGAAGAGCAUUCCGCCUCGAGACAAGCAUAUGGUCAGUGGCAUAUAAGGCCAUCUUCCCCUUUAACAACCACAUCAGCUCGCCGCUCGAUCAAAUAACAUACAAAGGCAACCCUUCAAACGUACGAAAACUCUACGUCAAGAUAGCACCAGAUCCAGACGACACGAUUCUCGACGAUCCAAGGAAAAUAGCAAAAGCCGACAUCACCGACUGUUGGCGUGAGGUUGAGUCGACAUACAGAUUUCUGACAGACCCUGCUCUUCGGGGGGAGCCGGAGUUUGAGUCAUCUGGUGUGGUCAGAGAGCUCGAAAUGUUUAGCUUCGGCGACAGCAGCAUAUCUUCAAUCAGGGACACUGUCACAAGUUCGCUGGAGAGUGCGGGUUGGCAAGAAGUGGCUUUAAGCGAGUGGCACAGCUCCAGACUUGUUUCUCUCCUUCAGAUGUCUACACUUGGUGAGGAUAGUGUAUUGCAGUAG